AUGAAGGCGGCAAAGGGUAAAGGCAAAGCAAAGGCCCCGACUGCGGACGAUGAGUACGACCCAGAGGGACUUGCCUGGAAUCCCGAGAACGAUGUCGAUGAAGGGUACGAAGAGAACAAAGCCGUGACAGAAGCGAUCAGCGCCAGAGUUCUAAGCUCAUUCAUUCACGAGGAACACGAUUCGGCGUCGGAACUGAGAAACAAGUGGCUGGCGAAACUUGGAAGUUGGUCAGAGGAGCAAGUUUUCGAAUCUAAACAUGUCACGGCUAUGGUCGACAUGCUCUACAACCUCAUCAAGAAGCGGCCAGAAGAUAAAAUCAUCAUCUUCUCACAGUAUCUCAGAUACCUCGACAUCAUCAACAAGGGAUUACGCGUGCGUCACAAGGUUGAAUGUCUCCGCUUCGAUGGCACCGUGUUGCCGAAGUUGUUGGAAGACCCCCAGUGGCAGAUUCUGCUCAUCACCGCAGGGUGCGGUAGCGUCGGUCUCAAUCUCAAAGCCGCCAACAUCGUCGUUUUGUGCGAGGAAUGGUGGAAUAUGUCCAACGAGAGGCAGGCCAUAUGCAGAGCCUUCAGACAGGGUCGAACGAAGACCGUCAUGGUCAUUAGACCGUUCGUCGUCAACUUGGCUAUUGACAGGGAGAUUGCCAAGAGGCGCAUGGCCAAGUUGGAUCGUUGA